CUAGAGCAGAACUAUGAAGUAACAGAAAGAAUGGUCUUCUAUUCUAAGUUAUACGGUGAUGCAGGAAAUGUAGAUGACAUACGGUACAAGGAAGUGAGUGAGGGCUGGUUGGAGCAGAAGAGCGGAGGCUGCACACGUGAUACCGGCUGCAGGGGAAACAUAAAGCUGGAAAUGGAGAAAGAGUUUACCCCUCUGGCUUGUCUUCAGUCAUCAGGUGUCUCCCUUCUGGGUCCAGGACAGGAUGCCUUUUCCCCACCUCACGCAGAGCACAUUCGGAUCACUGCUGCCGGGCAGUGGUCCCAUCCCAAUCACUUGAAAUGUGGACUUAUUAUUCUCAAUCAACCACUGGACAAAAAUAUUUUACAUCCUCUGUGGAACAAAGCAACUAUAAAAGCCUGUGCAGAUGGAGGAGCAAAUCGUUUACACUACAUAACACUUGAGCAAGAAGAUGAGUAUCUGCCAGACUUCAUAAGUGGGGACUUCGAUUCCAUACAUCCUUUGGUGAAGAAAUUCUAUAGACAAAAGGGAUGUGAGUUAUUAGAAACACCAGACCAAGACUUUACCGAUUUCACAAAGUGCCUCUCAGUUCUGCAAGACAAAAUCCAGGAAAAGAAACUUCAGGUUGAUGUCAUUGUUGCGUUGGGUGGACUUGGGGGACGCUUUGACCAGAUUAUGGCUUCAGUGGAGACACUCUAUCAUGCUGUCAAAAUCUCCUCCAUCCCAGUCAUAGUGAUUCAAGAAUCAUCUCUUAUCUAUCUUCUGCAGCCUGGUAAGCACAAGUUACACGUAGCAACAGGAAAAGAAGGAAAAUGGUGUGGUCUUAUUCCUGUGGGAUCACCCUGCAAUUGUGUAACUACAAGUGGCCUGAAAUGGAAUCUCUCUGCUGGAGUGUUGAAGUUUGGGACUUUGGUCAGCACAUCAAACACUUAUGAUGGCACUGGCAUUGUCACAGUGGAAACAGACAGUCCUCUGAUAUGGACCAUGGGCUUAAAGACAACAAAUGAUGAUUGAAGACAAGUACUGAACGUCUCAACAGGAUCACAUCUAAGAAUAACACUGUAGGUGAAGAAGGUCAAAUACAGCUGUCAAAGUCCUUAAGAAAAAGAAACCGUAUAAGGGCCAAACUUUAUUAGUUUAAAGCUCUAACAACCUAUCCAUCUGUCUGUCUAUAUCUUGUCUCAGAACAUCAGACAGGUAUGGAAUUCACUUGCAGUUAUUCUUAAUGGCAUGGGUUUAAUAGGUAAUUUAUAUAUUUCGUUAACACAACAUAAAUAAAAUAAAAAACACCACCUGUCAAAUUAAAGAUGCAUCUAUACCAAAGUUCCAUCAUACAAUAUACUUUUUUUUUUUUUUUUUUUUUUUUUUACUGUAUUCAAGAUAUGUGGGAACAUGUGUAAUACUGUGCACAACUUUUACUCAUCAUUGUAUGUUUUCUUUUUACUUUUUCAGUAACACAAUUUUUCUAUAAAGUGCCUAAGCCAUGUUUUAUAAUAGUGAUCAUUUGGAAUGGAAUGUAUG